AUGGCCGGUGGUCGAUUCCGCGAGCUCCUGAAAAAGUACGGUAAAGUAGCGAUUGGCGUUCACUGUUCCGUUUCAGCAGCUUCCGUCACCGGCCUCUACGUCGCCAUAAGAAACAACGUCGACGUUGAAGCCAUCCUCGAGAAGUUCCAUUUGAGCGCCGCUUCGUCGGAAGAAAACCCUAACCCUAACUCUGAUUCCGACUCUUCCGCCGUGCCGGUUAAGAGCCGCACGGCACAGAUGGCGGCUUCGGCAGGCGGUGCUUUCACGCUAGCGUUACUCUGCAACAAGGCUUUGAUCCCUGUUCGGGUUCCUAUUACUGUAGCACUCACGCCCCCAAUUGCGAGGUUCUUGGCCAGGAGGAACAUUUUGAAGACUGGUGUAUGA